ACGGUAUUCUUUACAUUAGGAACUUCGUCUCGCUCCUUCCAGAAGACCUACCGCCAUAGCCAGAGGGACUUCGAGGUUCGAGAGGUUUAUGGAAAUAGUGUUCCUAUUCACAGAUGGUCAGAUAACCAUCGCGCUCAUUCGACUGCCGGGAGAGGAAUUCAUUUGAAGUCCUACCGAAGAGUUUGCGCUGUUUCGAGCCGUCUAGUGCCUGGACUCGUUCGGAGAAGCCGGUCGCCUUGUGGUGGAUCAAAUCGAUCAUGUCUUCGCCAGGAGAAUGGUUCUACUCCCUUCCUCCUGUGAGCAAGACGUAUGGAACUCUCUGCUUUCUCACCACGAUUGCCUUCACUUUGCAUCUCGUCAGUCCUGCAUGGCUAUACCUGGACUUCGCCUUGGUGACCAAAAACUUCCAGAUAUGGCGUCUGUUGACUAAUUUUUUUUUCCUAGGAUCGUUCUCCAUACCGUUUGGUGUCCGGCUCAUGAUGAUAGCAAGAUACGGAGUUCAAUUGGAGCAGGGUCCGUUUAAAGAUCGCACAGCUGAUUUUCUUUGGAUGAUGAUUGUGUCUGUGAUAUCAUUUCUGGUUUUGUCUCUUACCGUCCCGUUUUUCAAGUCAUUUUUCUUGGGACCCUCACUUGUCUUCAUGCUUCUGUAUGUAUGGAGUCGUGAAUUUCCAACUUCCACAGUUUCGAUUAUGGGGUUGGUGAACCUACAGGGUUUUUGGCUUCCAUGGGCCAUGCUACUGGUCAACACUAUUUUUGGGAUGCCUAUAAUGUCUGAUCUUCUUGGAAUAAUAGUAGGUCAUGUCUACUAUUUCCUUACUGUUUUGCAUCCUCGAGCUGGUGGGCAGGAGUAUCUCAAGACUCCUACCUGGGUACGCAAACUGGCUACUAAGUGGAGUGUGGCAGGACCUGUUGCAUUCUCACCUACUCCAACACCACAAGCUGCUGCUACCGCUGCCGGAGCCAGACCAGUAUUUACUGGCCGAAGCUACCGCUUGAAUCAGUGAGCUCCUUGACGCUUUUGCUCUCUGGCAUGGAUAUCAGAGGCUCGUUGACCGGCUUUGUUUGUGAUAGAUGUACACCAGGAAGUACUCGCAUGGUUCUGGUUUAGGUGACCGCGUAGGCCACUAAAGUGUCUUCCUGGAAGAAACAUGAACGAGUUCAGAAGUACCAAGAAGAUAUCUGAAUCUUUCGCCGAACAUGGUGUACCUGUGGUAGAGAGAAAUGCGGAGCGUUAAUAGUUCGAAAAUGAUGUCUAAAACACUAAUGCGAACCCGCGGUAAUAGUCUCUGUAUCCGUGGCAAUUGAAGCGUACGCUCUCAAAUGCGAUCUCUACUGUUUUGCUAAGAAACAAAUCAUGAGCUCACUUAGGUUUACUCAUGAUUGUGUGAUUGAAGUAACGUUUAUGUAAUCGUCCAAUCGAUGACUUGUACAUACUUUUAACAUAUCUCUUCUUUUUUUGGUA